GAGAGAGAGCAUCUUCCUCUUUCCCUUAUUUUCCUAUCUUCUGCGUGGACUUUUGUUUUUACUCCAUUUUCAGAUCCUUCUUUUCCAGAAUCAGCAACACAAACACAAACAUAAAGGGGGGUCGGUCCGGUCCCCUUCUUUCAACUAAGAACAACAACACACUUUUUGUCUCAAUUCAAUUCAAUUUAAUUCAAUGGCUGACAAGAAGAAAGGAUCUGCUCCUCCUCAUCCUCCUGUUCGUCCCUUGAUUAAACUACCAUCUCGCAGUUCAAUAGAAAAUCUCUUCACCGGAGCUCCAGGGAUCAGUCCUGGUCCGAUGACCCUUGUUUCCAAUUUCUUCUCUGACACCGACCCAGAUUCAGAUUGUCGCUCUUUCUCUCAGUUACUCGCCGGAACCUCUACUUCUCCAAACUUUCCUCCUCCGCAGCCGCCGCCAGAGUCAAAGUUUAGAAAUACAAUCGACGGACCCAGACCGUCGGGAUUGAUGGUUUCUCAGUCGCCGUCAUCGUCGUCGAUGUUCACAAUACCUUCCGGUCUAAGUCCUGGAAUCUUGUUCGAUUCCUCCGCUUGGUUCUCCUCCUCCUCCUCCGCCCAGGGACAAUUUGGAAUUCCACACCAGCAGCCGCAGGCAUUAACACAUUCUCAACCCCAAUAUCCAUCUUCCUUAUUAUCAUCAUCAUUAUCAAAUGCAGUAUUGGAAGGCCGUAAUAAUAAUUCGAAGGAUCCUCCAUUAGAAUUUGUCCAUGCUGAUCAGAGAUCACAACAGGCAGCAGUAGCAGCAGCAGUAACAGCUUCCUUGAUUGUAGAUAAGCCUGCUGAAGACGGUUACAAUUGGCGUAAAUACGGGCAGAAGAAUGUGAAGGGAAGUGAUUAUCCAAGAAGUUAUUACAAAUGUACACAUCCAGAUUGUCAAGUGAAGAAAAAGGUGGAAAGAUGUCAAGAUGGACAAGUAACAGAGAUUAUAUACAGAGGAAAACACAACCAUAAUCAGCCUAUUAAUAAACGUGGAAAAGAUGCAGGAAAUACUACUAACGAGAUCUCUGAUUUCAACAGAACAUUAGCCAUCAUGGAUCACGAGUCUAGUCAAGCUAUAUCAAGCAAUAGCGAUGAGACAUCCGGUGGCAGACCCCAUGAAGAUGAGCCCGAUGCCAAGAGAAGGAACAUGGAAAUGUUGGGGGCAGAUGGAUUUGCUACGCGCAGAACGGUUACAGAACCAAGAAUCAUCGUGCAGACAACGAGUGAAGUUGAUCUCUUGGACGAUGGAUAUAGGUGGAGAAAGUAUGGACAGAAAGUAGUGAAAGGAAAUCACAAUCCAAGGAGUUACUAUAAAUGUACAUCCACUGAUUGUAACGUGCGUAAGCAUGUUGAAAGGGCAGCAACCGAUUCAAAAGCUGUUAUAACGACCUACGAAGGUAAACACGAUCACGAGGUACCUGCAGCUAGAAACAGCAGCCAUAAUACUGCAAUUACUUCUGCUAAUUCCCAGUUAAGGCAACAACAACAACAGGGCUAUGUGGCUGAUCAUCACAACAAUAAUAUUAUCAUGAGAACAGAACAUCAACCUGUAGCACUUUUACGGUUUAAAGAAGAACGUAACAACUAACUAAACAAACAAACAUUUUCUAUACAAAGGUAGAUUUAACACAUGAAGUGAGAGAGAGACCGCAUUACAUACAUUUCACAGUACAUUUCACAGGUAGAAUUAGAGAAGUAGGAAUUAUAGAUGAAAAAAAAAGGGUGACUAGUAUUCAUUUUUAAAUUUGUUUGCUUUUUGUGUGUACAUUGUGUGUUUGUGUGUGUGUGGGAAGUGAAAAGGGGAGAAUAUAUUA